CUAUAUUUUUUGUUCGUUUUAUUGUAUGUAACUGUAUGAUUUGUCAACCCAAGCGAUGUCUACUAAAAAGUUCAAAACUUUUUCUUCCCCGAUAUGCCUGCAAAACUUCCAUUAUUUUCAAUUGCAUUGAAGAAGUCAUAUUUCAAUGCUCGGUAGGGGCACAUUCGGUUGUUUUAACCGAAAUUUUUAUUUUAAUCAUACCCUUUUCAAAUUACUAAGUCCCACAAAGCUUUCUGAUAUUGCCGCUAUUGGCAAAAGUUUCAAUUUAUGGUAAUGUUGAAAAAGCUAAACUAAAACUGUCAUUCUAAUCAAAAUACCUUUCCGUAAUGGCAACUAAGUCAGGUGACAUAAAUAACAUGACGCCAAAAAAUAGUUACGAUCCAACAGGGAAUUCUAGUAAUAAUGUUGAGGAGGCCGAUUUACAAGAAAUAAGUGCAGUAAACGAAAGCCUCGAUGAGCUGAGCAAUGCUUUGGACUUUUUCGAGCAACGCACCGAUAACAUUAUUGAACAGUUACAACAGUUAUUGCAUUCAAAUCGUGAAAUACGCCAACAGCUGGCCAUGGAAAAGGCUGAACUAAAAGAUUUUGAUAUGGAAGAACCGUAAUUAGGAACACGUAUUAAAUUGAU